AUGCCAUCGCCUACGCCGAUGGAGGGACCGUCCGGAGAUGGAGACCUCUUUACGGUCAAACAUGAGCUUAAGAACGCCAACCUGACAGGCCAUGUGGAGAGGGUAGGAAUAGAAAACUUUGAGCUUUUGAAGGUACUCGGCACAGGAGCGUACGGCAAGGUGUUCCUGGUGAGGAAGGUGAGUGGCCACGAUGCUGGCAAGCUGUACGCCAUGAAGGUCUUGAAAAAGGCCACCAUCGUGCAGAAGGCCAAGACAGCGGAGCACACACGAAGUGAGCGGCAGGUGCUGGAGCACAUUCGGCAGUCGCCGUACCUCGUCACGCUCCACUACGCCUUCCAGACUGACACUAAGCUGCACCUCAUUCUCGAUUAUGUCAACGGCGGCGAGCUUUUCACGCAUCUGGUGCAGCGGGUCCGCUUCAAGGAGCAGGAAGUGGCACUGUACAGCGGCGAAAUCGUGCUAGCGUUGGAACAUCUCAACAAGCUCGGGAUUGUGUACCGUGACUUGAAGCUGGAAAACAUUUUGCUGGAUUCAAAUGGUCACAUCGUCCUCACAGACUUUGGUCUUAGUAAAGAAUUUGAUCAGGUGGAUCGAGCCUUUUCUGUGUGUGGCACAAUUGAGUACAUGGCUCCUGAGAUUGUGGAAGGAGGCGAGUCCGGACACGACAAGGCAGUGGACUGGUGGAGUCUGGGCGUUUUGAUGUACGAGCUUCUGACCGGCGGCUCGCCCUUCACCAUUGACGGUGAUGAGAACUCGCACACGGAUAUAGCCAGGAGGAUUCUAAAAAAAGAUCCUCCUUUCCCCAAAGACAUGGCACCACUAGCCAAAGACAUCAUCAAGAGACUGCUCACUAAAGACCCCAAGAAGAGGCUGGGCUCAGGUCCAAAUGGGGUGGACGAUGUGAAGAAGCAUCCAUUUUACCAGAAAAUCAACUGGGAGGACCUUGCUGCUAAAAAGGUGCCCGCCCCGUUCAAACCUGUCAUCCGGGACGAGCUGGAUGUCAGCAACUUUGCGGAGGAGUUCACAGAGAUGGACCCUACCUACUCACCCGCCGCUCUGCCGCAGAACUGUGAUCGCAUAUUCCAGGGCUACUCUUUCAUGGCCCCCUCCAUCCUUUUCAAGAGGAAUGUGGUGAUGGACGAUCCUGUCCAACUUUGCGGUGGCUCUGAACGGCCUGGCUCGGUGGCGGUGGCCCGGAGCGCUAUGAUGAAGGACUCACCUUUCUACCUAAGCUACGAAAUGGACCUAAAGGACAUCGCUCUGGGUGAGGGGAGCUUCUCCAUCUGCAGGCGCUGCACCCACAAGAAAACUGGGCAGAAAUUUGCUGUCAAGAUAGUCAGCAAGCGAAUGGAGGCACAGACUCAGCGAGAAAUAGCUGCUCUGAAGCUCUGCGACAGCCACCCAAACAUCGUCAAGUUACAUGAAAUUUACCAUGACCAGCUCCACACAUACCUCGUCCUGGAACUGCUUGGUGGAGGAGAGUUGCUGGAGCGCAUCCGCCGGAAGCGGCACUUCAGCGAGACGGAGGCCAGUCGCAUCAUGCGGAAGCUGGUGUCGGCCGUCAGCCACAUGCACGACGUGGGCGUGGUACACCGGGAUCUGAAACCAGAGAACUUGCUCUUCACUGAUGAAAGCGAAAACUCCGAGAUCAAAAUCAUCGACUUUGGCUUCGCACGCCUCAAGCCGCCAGACAAUCAGCUGCUAAAGACUCCCUGCUUCACUUUGCAGUACGCCGCGCCUGAGAUUCUCAAGUAUGACGGCUACGAUGAAUCGUGUGAUCUGUGGAGUCUGGGCGUCAUUUUGUACACCAUGCUUUCCGGCCAGGUGCCUUUCCAGUGUCAGGAGCAGAGCCUAACCCACACUAGCGCUGAGGAGAUCAUGAAGAAAAUCAAACAGGGAGACUUCUCCUUUGAAGGCGAGGCGUGGAGAAACGUGUCACAGCAGGCCAAAGAUCUCAUCCAAGAGCUGCUGACCGUGGACCCAAGCAAGCGGAUCAAGAUGUGCGGCCUCCGUGACAAUGCUUGGCUCCAGGAUGACAGCCAGCUAUCUUCCAACCCGCUCAUGACGCCAGACAUCCUGGGCUCCUCCACUGCAUCCGUCCACACCUACGUCAAAGCUACCUUUAACGCUUUCAACAAAUGCAAGCGAGAAGGUUUUCGCUUGCAGACUGUGGACAAAGCGCCUCUUGCCAAGCGGCGGAAGAUGAAGAAGACCAGCACCAGCACGGAGACGCGCAGCAGUUCCGGGGAGAGCACCCAUUCUUCGUCCUCUUCCUCGCAGGAGAAGAACUUUGCUGAGGGGGGCGAUGCCAGCCGCCCGCCAACCGACGACUCGCCGGGCACCACGCCGGCAGGCACGCCCACAGGAAGAGACACAGAGCAGCGGCGGUCAGCAGCUCUUGCAUUUCACUUCUCCGACGGAAAGUGA